CAAAUAUCCCUGGAUCUGAUGUUAAUUCCCGAAAAAGUUCGGCAGUGGAGGAUCAGAGAGAUAGAGGGAGGGAGAGAGAGUUGGUGCAUCACUUUGGCGGGACGGGCCAUGGAGAACGCCAGAGUCGUGAGUGGCAGCUUCACUGGGUUUACCAAGCUAUGCAAAGGGCUCGCUGUGGUACUUGUUGCUGGAUAUGGCGUACAACAAAUUUUUCCUUCUGCAAUUUCUUAUCUUGCACUGAUCCCCGGAAGUUGAUAAUCAGCAUAAUUGGUCUUCUUUUUGUUGGGAAACUACUAGAGCCUAUAUGGGGUCCAAGAGAGUUCUUGAAAUUCAUUUUUGUAGUUAAUAUAUUAACGUCAAUUUGUCUCUUCAUCACAAUGAUUGCAUUAUACUACACAACGAGGGAGGAAAGUUUUCUCUACAAUCCUGUUUCGGGGUUCCAAGGUAUCCUUUCUGGAUUUCUAGUAGGCAUCAAGCAAAUUAUGUCUGAUCAAGAGCUUUCAGUAUUUUUCCUUUUGAAGAUCAAGGCAAAGUGGCUGCCAUCACUUCUUGUAUUGAUAUCAAUUGUUGUUAGCUUCUUUGUGGAGUUCUCGACGUACCUGCCAAUUGUAAUAUUUGGCACAUAUAUGAGUUGGCUAUAUCUAAGGUAUCUUCAGAGAAAACCAGAAACAGGGCUGAAGGGUGACCCAAGUGAUGAGUUUGCCUUCGCAACUUUCUUUCCAGAAAUUUUGAGACCAAUUAUAGAUCCUGUUGCGACUAUUUUUGGUCGUUUACUCUGUGGAAGAUCUGAUGCAUCCAAUGAACCAAAGGACCCUCUUCUGGGCCUCACUCCAUUGCCUGGCUCUGACCCUGUGGAGGCAUCUAGAAGGAGAGAACGAGGUGCAAGAGCUCUUGAAGAAAGGUUGGCAGCUGAGAAAACUGCUGCCGCUCAGAGUUCUGACACUGCUCAGCUUAGUGGGCCAGAGAAUGUUUGAAAACCUUGGUGUAGUUUGCUUUUACAAGUGUUCAGGUUCCUCACUGGUUAUGGUUUUGUUAUGAUAAAUGUAUAAUUGAUCAUCUUCUACCAAGUUGGCUUGGAGCAAUUUUGAUUCUCUUGUGGAUCUGACUCUCUGAGGCCUUCUGGCUUAUUGCUUACAACCAAAAUUAGUGUCGGUUAUCUCGUUUUUUUCCUUCUUUUCUGUCCAUAUCUUCAAUUAUACAUGUAUUAACUGUUCAAACCACAGUUCUUGAGAUGCCAGUUUUUAUGCAGAUUCUUAAUGUUCGACCUUCGUUUUGGCACUCUA